GCCCUCGAUACCGGAUUCGAAAACUACUUUUUGCAGAUUUCAACUCUAAAGAAAAGUUACUGAUUCAUCUUCGCAGUGAAUCAAGGGACGCGGGGAAAAUCCACAGCAGAAGAAUGGUCGUCCUGAGACGUUGCUUUUAAUGCACCUUGACGUCACCAGGUGAAGCACCGGGCGGUAGACUCUGCCCCCCGCCGCUCAUGUGCAGACUUUGAGGAAGAAGAAGAAGCAGAAGAAGAUGAAGAAUAUGAAGCAGGUAAUGGAAGCGACAUGAUCCUUCCAAGCUGCACGGGAACCGGUCUACAAUGCCACACGUCCAGCUUCAUUUGCACACGUAUACCGCCAAAAUAUCUUCAGUUUGAGGUAUUGGUUGUGGUGGAUUCAGCAACUCAAUACUCAUUUCAGCACGCUUGACGAAACUGUCUCGCUCGAAUUGGACCCAGCUGUUGCUAUGUCCACGCUUUUGAGGAUUGCGCUAGGUUUCGCGUGUUGGCCUGAGUUCAUGUCGACCUGGGUCCAUGCUGGUUGCUAGAUUUGGGCGGCCAAUUGCAAUCCAAUUUGGGAGUGAUGCAUUGCGAGAUCAUUUGUGUGAUUUAAGCAAGGAGGUCUUCAGCGUGGUUAGUUGAUGCAUCAACUGCAAUAGCUGCAUCAUCAUGGUAUCUGUGUGCCAGAGAGUGUCGCCGAUCGUCGUGGCAUAUGAUUGAUCUGAUUAUCAGUUUUUGUGGCAUAUAUGAUCGUUUGUAUCCAACGACCUGUAAUGGCCACAUAUCACAGGACGGCUGGAUCUUUCCUGUAUGAUUGGAUUUUCCAAUAGCCUGAACUUUUUGAAUUGUUUUAUCAGAAACACCUGAUAAUAACAGUUCAAAACCUGGACUUCGAUAUUCCCAAGCUUGUGCAAUUUCCAAAUAUCAUUGGGGUGGCCCAGAAGGUCCGAAUCUAUGGCGCAACAUGUUGGUGCUUUUUGGUGCCAAAGCAGCCAAUUGUGUUUCCAGCUUUCUCGGUCGAAGGCAAAAGUUUUCUCUAGUUCUGCAAUCUCUCCCUUUUUGCCACGAACAGCAUGGGAAGAUAUGUUGGUGCCUCGCCUUUCCACUGAGUGGACCACGGAUACCUUGACGAUGGCCACAACUUAUCCGGUAGUCUGCUUUAGAGAUGACGACGCUCCGUUACCAGAGUACUUGGUGGAGCGGAAUUGGAGUGAUAUGAAUGUGCGCACUAAUCUUGAGAUACGAUAUAGCCCAUGGGCUGUAGAGAUGAUGAAUGGUUUUGGAAACAAGAACGAGGCAAAAACAAAAGAGAGCACAGGCGGACCUCCCGGAAAUGGGAACGGAGGUGACGAUGGUGGCAACGGUGGUGGUGGUGGAGGUGAUGACGAUGGCGAUUAUCACGUAUUUUUGCUGCCAAUGCUGACCCUUGCAUUUGCAGCUUUUCAUUUAGGCUAUUGUAUUGCUGUCUGGGUAAAAGAUGACAAUCUGGACUUCGAGUUUUUGCGAACAGGUCUUGGACUUUUUGGUCUUCUGGCUGUUUCAGCAUUCCGCCUCAAUACGCGGACAGGCAUAGAUGCCUACAUUCUCGGGCUCGGGGCAUCUUUAGGAGUAAUGGUCUGGACAGGUGAAAGAUGUCUAGUGAAAAAAGAGGGAAACCCAGCUGGUGUUGUGGCUCUUUUUGCAGCGUCAAUGGCGGUGAUGCUUACUGCAGCUCUUUACCACACAUUUUGAACUUGAAUCAGCUAAGCUGUUCAACACAAUUACAUGCCACAUGAAUUAUGUUGAGCGGCAAAUGACGCUGUUGCAUCUUAAUAUCAAGUCCUCAAGGUUCUUCUCUCCAUGAAGAUCUACUUUUUUUUUUAAUAUUUUUUCGAUUAUAGAUUAGGGGUUAUAAAAUUCAGUUUAAAUAUCUGUCUCAUACAGAACGAUUCAUAGUUGAAGUAUUUUGGUGCGUUAAUCUUGGGUAGUGCCUACAAAUUGGAUGGUGCCGUUACAUCAGAAUCUGUGGGGUAUGAACAUGAUACUCCAAGAAAAAGCUUCAUAUCACACAUAAAACGUACGUGCAAAAUUAUGUAGUAGAAUCAUUAGCUCUAUUUGUACAACUGAUUUCAGUUUUUUCUAUUUCCUUUACUUCCCUUCUUUUCCGAUUGUAAAUUUUCAUGUCAAAUACAAACGUAAAAAGGGAAAAAUGUUGACUAA